AGCGUAACUUUCAACAAUACGAUCCACUAACCCUAAAUAUAUAAGAACAUAACAUAAACAUAUAGAAACAUAACAUUUGGACAUAGAGUUUCUCACUAGUGAGGAACCCUAUGCAUUUGGAUCCCGGAUUACGGCAACAGCGGCGGCGGGAUCGGCGGCCGACUCCGCCGCAUCGCCCAACACAUAACGGUGCACGGCGCGGAAAAAAGCAGACGAAAACAAAGAGCAAAAUAGGAAACCGGAGCAAGCGGGCAAUCAAUGCACGCCGCGGCAGCGGCGUCGUGCAAAGCGGUGGGCCGCUCGGUGGUGCCCCGUCGGGUUCGUGCCCAGCGUAGCGUGCAGGGAAAACAACGCCCUUUCCCGAUAAAUUCAUCCGUCUCGCGUCGCGUCUGGUUCACCCCGCCGCACACAACAGACACCAACGCGGUACUUUGCUGGUGAGUGGCGCACCGCCGACUCGUACUACGUGUGUAUGUCGUCGUCGACUAGGGAGCGCGAUCCACAACGAGAGGGCAGCGACGCCAGGUGUGACUUCGCGCCGUAGACAUCAAGGUGGUGGUUCCCAUGUGAAACAGGAAGCGUGAAAAGGCGGCGCCGGUGUUUGUGUUGGAGGUGGUGGUUGCCGCGGUGCUACGAACGCAGCGACGAUUCCGAGACGACAAAUAUGGUGCUUCGAAAGUCCGAGUACCGCAAGAGCUUCAAGUGGUUCUCGCCCGACAAACGCAACGCCCUGUGGCUGGAGAACGCGCUGUACCGCGCCGAGAGGCGCCAGCGCGAGUACGGCCACGAACCGCUGGGCGACGAGGCGGACAGCGGCUACGAUGUGGGAGACUCCGAGUCCGAGGAGUGCGGCUUACCACCGACCAAGCUCCGGCAGCUCCGGUUGAAGCUCAUCGCGGCGGCGGGUGCGACGGCACGGGCCGCCGAAGAUCACGACGACGACGUUGGCGACGGCCGCCACCGAAAAUCCACGACGCCGCAAGCAGCUCCCCGUAGUCGUCGGCCGGCGGAGGAGGAGAUCGACGCACGCUUCCUCGCACCUCCUGACAAGCACACUGCCACCACACAGACCGCGCGGCCAGCCAAGAGAGAUGUCACGGUGCAGACUGUGCGGGCUGACAUCAUGAAGCUGCCCCGAGUCACUCAGGACCACAAACGCCGAACUCGUAGCAGAUACCGCCCAACUCCCAGGAAGGAGCCAGAACAGUGUCGACACUGUUUUGAUCUGUGGGGCGCCCCCUUUGAAAACUUUGGCUGGGCAGAUGAGGUCGACACAAUAGGGGCAAAACAGACGUUCAACGUGGCCGCCUCAACCAACGAGGUGUAUCCCUCGGCCCUGGCUGCUGCGAGAACACGGCAGCGGUCACCGACGCCGCCACCGCCAAUGCAGCGCAAAACCUUCCGGUCGGGCCGUCCACACUCGGCGCCCCCCAAGGACCGGCGCCUGUGGAUCUCGGAGUACAGAGAACAGUACCGAUGAGGUCGCUGUCUCCAGCAGCCACAUCAUAGUCAAGGGAUGACAUGCAGCCGUGCAUGCCACCUGCUAAGCCAAAGAAAGAUGCGCAACGACUGCCAUAGCCCUGUGGGGCCCAUAAGUUAGCAAGCCAAGCUGGUUCUGUGAUGCCCACGCCCUUGCUGGUAGUCGUGUAGAGUGCCUGUUAGGGCAGCUCAGUGACCAACUAUGCAGACAACUCACACACACACACACACGUCAAGCAUGCUUGUCUCCCAGGCUUGCACCUAUAACACAUUCCAGGGAGUAUUAUGAAGCUGUGGUCAUGGUAUUAUGCAACUCUGCCACAAGAGGCCGUCUAACCAACCAGGGCAGCCGUUCAGUUCCCAGGUGCUAGACAAAGCCCAGCUGCCACACGUAAGAGAUAACAGGGUUCUCAUAUACAUGCAGUCAUCACUUAGAGCAGCCUUUAGACCUGGAACUGGAGUCUCUGGAACUGGCCUCAUGCCUGUGAUGAUGUCAGUGGACAGCGACCGAGUUAACUUAAUAGUGUGAGGGUUGCACUCGGCUAACAAAUGUAACUGUUGAAAAUUGUCACCGAGCUGAGCCAACUAUGGUCUACAGUUCAGAUUAUUUAAAGGCUUGCCAUAGGCUGUAUUGUAGUUAAUCAGCCUUCAUAUGAACCAAAUGAAAAUGCACAUGCUAUAAGCAUUGAAGGUUUUGAUGACUCAAAACACAGGUCAUUUUAUGUUGAGUUAUUAGCUUGCAGCACUGACAAUGCAUGACCUCGUUUUAGUAGUUCUGUGGUGGGCGUGCAUAAGAAUAAGACUUAGGUAGGCUGCAACAGUUCCACGUGGGUUCACACAAGAAACCAAAGCUCUGUCCAAUAAUGCACCUUGGUGAUGGGCACAGCACAGCACGAGCAUACAGUAUUUUUAUUGCACUCUACUCUUGGUAGACGUGAGCAAAUGCAGUGUGGCAUGUUUGAUUCCAUUCAUGCUCACAUCAACCAUAGUCGAGAUGAGACUGCGUCAGACGUGUUGCUUCAAGGACACAUCUCAUGCAAUUUUACGACAACAAUGGCACACGUGGAUGCGCCAGAACCACGCCAAACAUUCCAGAAAGCACCAUCUCACGAGUACUAUUCAGGAGCCGACGAGGAGUAUGAUGUCGUUUUCUGCGCUCCCGUUUUGAGGGAGUGGUUGUUGCAAGCUAAGCGCAUCACUGCCAGAAUACCUUGCCUACCACUACUGUAUACUCUAGUAGUUAGUCAAAGGAAAUCUUUUUUUUUUUUAUACCUACAGAGCCACGACAACAUAUGUCCAUCACAUGUGUGUGCAGAUGCACUUAUCACUAACACCAGCCUCCUAGAUAGAUGCCAACCGCAGUGUACAAACAUGUAUGCAGCAAAAGCCCAAGCUUUCUGCCAACUUCGCUACCAGAAUGUAGAGAGGCAGAAACAAGUUAAAACCCCCAAUGGGGUAGGGAGAAACAAAGGCACCUUAGCUACUUUUGCACAUUAGUUGACACAAAUCUUUUUGAUUCUAAGCACCGCAAGUCUAGCAUAUAAACAAGCUGCAGAGCGUGAUGUCACGAAAAUGCAGUAACACUUCCGUUACAGCCUUUGCAGACAAAAAAAAAAAAAAAGAACAGAAAGAGGAAAACUCUACUGGCAUGAAUUUUCGAUGCAGGCAAGUUCAACAGAUGCAGCCUUGUUUCCAAAAGUUCCAUUGCAAUGAUAGUUGUAUGAAGCGGUGAACACCGAAAAAAGAAGGUUGUCAACGUGGUCAUCUAUCUUCUUGCCUGUUUGUUUUCAAAUGUGCAGCUUAUUUAUAUAACAUUCGAUAAAGAUAAGGUACCUUCGAUCAACUUAGCUUAUGUACACUGCAGUAUUUAUAACCAACCCACUAACAGGAGCACUAGUCAAGCUCAGUCCUCUGCGACUCCAAACAUACCGAGUCACUGUUGCUACUAGAAAAAUCGAAGCUGCAAAAUUCAGCGCAUGUUCAAAGAAGGCUUGAAGAUGACAUGCUAGCAGGAAUUAAAUUUCAAAUUCGCUUUUGCACUGAAAGUGUGCCUAAGGAACGAAAAUGACUCGUUCCUUAAGCAGGGUUAGCACGGUGAAAUGCAAAGCGCCAUUUGCAUGGCGUUUUUUUUUGCCAUUUCAGUUUCAUCUCGCUGCGCCGUCAUUGCCCCUUACGCACGUUCAGUACAAAUGAGAGUGGGAGACAGUUAACCACACACAUAGUAAACCUACGUGUGCCCCCAUUAUUUGGGGGCAAUUAUACAAGCUGCAGUUGGCAAGCUGACUGAGGCGGCCACACAGUUUCGGCAAGUGCAAGCUUACUCAGGACUACUUUUUCAUGUCACUUAAACAUAAUGUAAGGAUUCGUUGGCUGUCAACUGCAGUGUACAUAUACUUAACUGGCUGGAAUUCGUGGCUAUGGAGGGCCUCUACGCCAAGCAAAGCUUGGCUUCCCCGGGUGAUAAUAAUUCUGUGCCUUUGCAUUGCGUGCACGACGUUCCACUAUAUAGUUCCACGCACAGAAUGUCGCUACAAGGUUACCGAUUUCGGCGACCCUGAGUCACGAGUCUGUGAAAGUGUCUUGCAGGUUUUGUCCCUUUUCUGCUCUUUCUUUUUUUUUCUCCGUCUUUUGGUAGUCUGGAAUUUUGCAGGAUAAGUAUUUUCUUGGACGAAUAAAGAAACUAUGAUGCAGCU